UUUUAUCAACUUAGGUGUUAGCGGUACGGUGCUUUCUAGUAUUAAAAAGAAAUAUGACCACACAAUACUCUUUGGCUGAUGUUAAAAAACACAAUGAUAAUAAAAGUACAUGGAUAGUUAUACACAACAAUGUUUAUGAUGUGACUCCGUUUUUGAAUGAGCACCCAGGUGGUGAAGAAGUUCUGCUAGAACAGGCUGGUAAAGAAGCUAGCGAGGCAUUCGAAGACGUCGGUCACUCCAGUGACGCCAGAGAGCUGAUGGUCAAAUACAAAGUCGGCGAGGUCAUCGAAUCAGAACGUACUGCCGUUAAAGCCAAAAAUGUCGACUGGGGAGUAUCGAGUAACAACGAGAGUUCAUCGUCGCAGAAUUCCUUCAAAUCCUGGUUGAUCCCAAUCGCUUUGGGAGUGCUCGCCACCAUCUUGUACCGUGCCUAUUUUCAAUCCUGAGGAAAGUAGAUUUAAUUGAAUUGUCAAAGAACUCCGAUGAAAGCAUUUAUGGUUCUAGGGACUAUUAUUCAUAUAAUAUAGCUUAUUUUCUAUUUGAUAACUAUCAACUUAGAUUUAUUAUCCAAUUGUAGCUAGGACUUUGGUCUUAAAUUUGUUUUAAAAUAAUACAAGUUAAAUAUAAUUAAUUUUACAAUUAAG